AUGUUAUCUAUCUAUCUAUCUAUCUAUCUAUCUAUCUAUCUAUCUAUAAUUCCAUGCCUUUUACUUCAGUUGUCGUCAGCUUUCUACUUGAAGGAGCACAGGUACAAAAAGAAGAUAAGAGAAUAUGAAAAGGUGGAAACAAUUACGGACCCUGUGAAGGUGAAAUUGUUAAUGUCUCAACCAGCGAAGGAGGAAAUCAAGUUCACUCAGGUUCUAAUUCCAGACAAAUUCUCCAGAUAUGACAGCAUUGACCAAGACGGACACAUUACACUCAAAGAACUGAUUAAAACCACUGGGGCAGAGUACAAUGCACAAAAUGCAUUUCAAGCCGCUGAUGAAGACGCGGAUGGGGAAAUAAGCCAAGAAGAAUUCAAGAAAGCGCCUUGGGCGAUGAAGCCGACAUCAGUGAACAGUAAAGACGACAAAGAUUUCAUCGAUGAAGCUAAGAUUGAAAAUGUCGUUGUCGAAGCUGACGAGGAAGUCAAAAUGGAAAGGAACCGUAAGGGAGGAGAUGAUAUAGACGUGGAGGGAGACGAAGAAAGAGAUGCUGAAAAAGUAGGUGAUAUAGAUGAAGACGAAAAAAUUCUUGUCGGAAAAGACUUCGUGAGAGAUAACGAGAAAGAAAAUAAAUUAGAAAGAGUAGAAGUAAAGAACGUUGAACUGGGAGUGGAGAGCGAAAGAGAAGAUGAAGACAUUGAUCAGAAAAUAAUCGACGGAGAGGACGCAAAAGAGCUUUUGGAAGAAACGGAAGGUAAACCGGUGGGCGAAGGGAGGAACGCGGUAGGAGUAGAAAACGCCGCGACAGAAAAAGAUAUUUUAAGAGGAGGAGUUGAUAGAAAGGUGGAAGUGGGAGAAGAAGCUAUGGCCAAACCUGGAAACGCGGAACAUGUAGGAAAUGAAACAGCUGAAGUCGGAGGAGGAAAAGCGGGAGGAGUUCGGUUAUGCAUCUAUAUAAGCCGUAUGUGA